GUUUUGGAUUCAUCACAAUCUCCUCGUUGUCACAGUGUGGAAAACGACUGAUAUCCUUGGCAUCAUGACCUCAAAGACGCUCCUCUGCAUUUUCGCUUUCCUGGCUGUCGUGACACUGGCCAGCGCACAGUUUGGUCGUCCCAAGUUCAACUUCCAGCCUCCACCACCACGUCAUCGCUUCGACAUCACGGCUCAAGGAGGUGGCAACAGCGGCAAGCACUAUAACGUGCAUGUGGGAGGUCGUGCCGAAUACGACCUACACCGCUUCCAGAACGGAGCUAAGAUUGUAGGCCACGUGGAAGGCAGCCAUUCGUUCGGAAAGCACGAGGGACACAAGUGGCAAGGAAAGCCGCAAGGAGAAGUAGGAGUCAGAGUAGAGAUUCCAUUCAAGGGAUAGGAUUCGUCUUGCCACGUAAAUUCGCAAGGACAACAAGGAGCAUGUAAUUCCUGCCGACGCAGAAGCACGUCAAUAAACCUUUUCAAAUCCAGGGA